UGGCAGGACAGUAACCGCCUGUCAGGGGUCGCGAAGGGCUGAGGCAGAGGCAGAGGCUCCCGGGCCUCAGAUAGUGGCCGUCUCUGGAGGCCAUGGGCUACCCUGAGGUAGAGCGCAGGGAACCCCUGCCUGCAGCAGCGCCAAGGGAGCGGGGCAGCCAGGGCUGCGGCUGUCGCGGGGCCCCUGCUCGGGCGGGCGAAGGGAACAGCUGCCGGCUCUUCCUGGGUUUCUUUGGCCUUUCGCUGGCCCUCCACCUGCUGACGCUCUGUUGCUACCUAGAGUUGCGGUCCGAAUUGCGGCGGGAACGGGGAACCGAGUCCCGCCUCGGCGGCCCGGGUGCUCCUGGCACCUCUGGCACCCUAAGCAGCCCUGGGAGCCUCGACCCCGUGGGUCCCAUCACCCGCCACCUCGGGCAGCCUUCCUUUCCGCAGCAGCCUUUGGAAGCGGGAGAAGAUCCACUCCCCCCUGACUCCCAGGACCGGCACCAGAUGGCCCUCCUGAAUUUCUUCUUUCCUGAUGAAAAGGCAUAUUCUGAAGAGGAAAGUAGGCGUGUUCGCCGCAAUAAAAGAAGCAAAAGUGGUGAAGGAGCAGAUGGUCCUGUUAAAAACAAGAAAAAGGGAAAGAAAGCAGGGCCCCCUGGGCCCAAUGGCCCCCCAGGACCUCCAGGACCUCCAGGACCCCAGGGACCCCCAGGGAUUCCAGGAAUUCCUGGGAUUCCAGGAACAACUGUUAUGGGACCACCUGGCCCUCCUGGCCCUCCUGGUCCUCAAGGACCCCCUGGCCUCCAAGGACCUUCUGGUGCUGCUGAUAAAACUGGAACUCGAGAAAACCAGCCAGCUGUGGUGCAUCUGCAGGGCCAAGGGUCGGCAAUUCAAGUCAAGAAUGAUCUUUCAGGUGGAGUGCUCAAUGACUGGUCUCGCAUCACUAUGAACCCCAAGGUGUUUAAGCUACAUCCCCGCAGCGGGGAGCUGGAGGUACUGGUGGACGGCACCUACUUCAUCUAUAGUCAGGUAGAAGUGUACUACAUCAACUUCACUGACUUUGCCAGCUACGAGGUGGUGGUGGAUGAGAAGCCCUUCCUGCAGUGCACCCGCAGCAUUGAGACAGGAAAGACCAACUACAACACUUGCUAUACUGCAGGCGUGUGCCUCCUCAAGGCCAGGCAGAAAAUUGCCGUGAAGAUGGUGCAUGCCGACAUCUCUAUCAAUAUGAGCAAGCACACCACCUUCUUUGGGGCCAUCAGGCUGGGCGAAGCCCCUGCAUCCUAGAUUCUCCCAUUCCAUCCUGUCCCAUGCCCCUGCCCCAGGUUUGGGAGCCAGGACUCCCAGAACCUCUAAGUGCUGCUGUGGAGUGAGGUAUAUUGGCGUUGCAGCCACAGAGAGAGAUGCCCCAGUGCUAUUUAUUCCCCAGUGACUCCAGGAUGACAAGGCCUGUGCGACUUCCCACAAUGACCUUGAGUUGCCAGGACAGUUGAUGGAGCCCCAGGGUUUUCAAGAAGCAGAACCUCCUUAGGCUCCUUGCUGGCUGGCUUAUCGUGACUCCUCAACCCCUAGGUCCCUCAUCAGAUGUAUCAUUUGUUGCACUAAACUGAAGAUCCAAGACAGUAGGCCACAAAAAGCAAAGGUGCACUCCAGAUUCUAGGGGUGACCCUCUGACUCCAAGGGGGCUGCUGCUUCUCUCUUGGCUGGGGGUGGCAUCAGGUUGCAACUUAAGGAAAGGAUCAGGUCAGAAGAAGGCAAGUGCCUGUGGCAGAGACCUGGGCAAUUAGCUGCCAAGCAAGCAUCCUUGGCAGAGGAGGCAUUCUUGCUGUAUUGCACUAUGACCUACAAGAGGCUCAAACAGCUCUUCCCACUCAGGCUGAGAGGUACACUGUGGCAGCUUGCUGGACUCCAGAGCUGGGAACUUUGCUCUACCUUGGAAUCAUUGCAGGCAUGGCCACACCCCUGCCUAUGUAAGAGCCCGAUACUUAGGGCUGCGCAUGUCUCACUUUGUUUACAGCUCUGCUCCACUCUCCGAAAACUACCUGGAGUCUUCCCACCUGCCACCCUCCCCAGACUGACUAGAAGUCCUAUCUUCUCUCUCCAUAGUGCCUACCUCUGUCUGAGACAGGUGCCUCGUGUGGGACCCAUCUCUUAUGAGUCUGGUGUAUUCUUUAAAUGACCUGGUCACAAAGAAUUUUCCGUUGAUUAAGCAAUACAAUUAUGCAUCUAAUUCUAACCAAAUUGUGUCUGGGAGCAGAUGGUUAAACUGGAUAACCUCCAAAGGCCCUUAGAGUUUGAAUAUCUGAGGCUCUCGAAAGUUACCACUACGGUAGACUUCUAAAUUCCCAAAGCCCAGACUCCCUUGGACAUUAGCAAAGCAGGGCUUUUCUACCUGGCCCAGAAAGGGGGAGAAGUAGGAAUUGGAAAGCAGGGAGAUUUGUUCAUGUUCGUUGCAACCCCAGUGAUCAGCCAGUCAAUCCAAGUGAUCAUUAGGUCAGGGACCGUUAGGUUAGGUCUCAUCUGAAAGAGCAGCAGCUGAUGGCCCACUAGCCCAGUCUUCUUUCAGAAGCAGAUUACUGUCACCAUAGAGGUCUGUGCUGCUCUCCUAGAGACAGCCUCCACAGCAACCUGUCUGACUAUUGGGCAGGGCUCUGACCCCUAGUUCAGCUCCAAAGGCACCUCCACCAGUUUUCUGGCAUGGUCCUACACUGGGAUUAUUCACACACUUUCUUUCCUAUUGCCUGGCCUCAGAGUGUCAGGUGCAGCCCAAAGCAGGGAGGGUCAGCCUUGUCCAGCCUGCUCCUCAUGCUUCUGAAAUGUAUUUCUUUCUGAAGAGAUGGAAAAUGCAUCCCUGAAUGUCAUUAAGAACAACAGGUUUCUCAGGUGCACCUCCAUUUCCAAGUAGCCACAUUGCUUGGUCCUUCAAGGGUCAGGGCAGGAGGUGGCCGGGCUUUGUCUAAUGACAGCCUUCCAACCAGAACUGAGGUAAACUUUAGACCUGCUUCUCACCCUGAAGGCCUUGAACAAUCAGCAGGGGCAGCAGGAACUACCAAACCCUCUCCUUAGUAUUUGAAGAUUACUUCCUCUUUUAUUAUUUUCUUUGAAGAACGCGGGGUAGAGAAUAUGAGAGUUAUAUAGGUAAGGCUGGGGAGGUAAAGGGCCUUGACUAAGAUCUCACCCAGUGUAAGUCACAGAUUUGAGCCUUUAGUGAGGUCUGACUCCCAGGCUAGUCCCUUAUCACAGCACUGUGUGGAAUUUGGGGUCCAGGAAGAACAAAUAAAGGUGAUUGUAUGGAACUGACAUCAUUGGGGGGUCCUAGGGAGAAACUUAACAAUCUUCAAUUUUCAUCACUUGAUGGUACUGCCUGUUUUCUUGGCUGCCAGGGGUUCUGUGGGAGAAGACUUGGGCGUUUUCUUGGGAAUCAGCCCCAGUGAUCAACCUUAAGAGUUCUUGUCUUGAGAAGAAUCUUCCAUUCGAGCUCUGGGUCCCACAGAGCAGGUAGCCUUCAGGAUCUUUCACGCAUCUGAUAAAGCAGCAGCCAUCCGAUGGGGAGCUACCAUGGGGGACAAGACUUCCAUUUCUAACCCUAGACACAAGUUCUGGGAGCCGUUCUGCUUCCUAUAGCUGAGUGUGACUCUUCUCUCCUUCUGCCAUAUUACAAAGACCUUGAUGUUGCCAGAGUCUCUCAAGAAUGGGGUGGGGGGGGGCACCUGCUAAGACACUUCUAAAGCC